GAACGCUUUGAUUCCGGAUAUUUCUCUUUUGUCUCUCACAGCGUCCACAACGGCGAGUACGGAUACGACGACAACGACACGGCCACGACGACCGACGUCGAGUGUCCGCAGUAGACAUCCAAGAAUUCCACCGUAGUCUGUUAGUUGGUGUAUAUCAAUCCCAACGGUCUUAGAACCUUUUUCAAUUCUCGCCAUUAAUAUUGCAUCGCCGAUAUAUUGACAAGAGACACUUCCUGUCACCCUACAUUCUUUUCAUACCCUUGUUCGCUCCUUCAACAGUUCGACAGCUUUUUGCCCAAUCGCAGGUUGCCAUGUCGUUUCACAACCCAAAAAACAAAGUCUUAAGAAAACGUCAAGAUGGUAUUUUUGGGUCAGAAACAGCAGCUGUUCCUACCGCUACCUCCCUUGGUGUUAACACGGCAGAGCCGGGUUCCAACUCUUUUUCAGCUAUACCUCUAGCGACUACAGGUCCUACCGACACCUCAGUCGCCACACCCUCUUCAUCCCCUACCUCAUCCCCUGCUGCAUCUUCGACAAGUAGCCCAUCGUCAUCAAGCAGCAACAUUCCGAUUGGCACCGUUAUCGGCGCCUGUGUCGGUGCUUUUGCCGCCCUCGCUCUCGUUAUCAUUCUUGCUGUAUGGUACAACAGGCGUUCUUCGAAGCCCGCCGCCUCUAGACAAAUGGAGAAAACCUUGCCCUCCCCUAGUUCGCGGAACGCAGACAAUAAUUAUCACCGCCGCAGGUCCCAUAUGGAAAUAUGGGACAAACUAGAUGACAGUGAGAGCCAAGAGCAGGGACAUACCAAGCGCGUUGCAUCCACAGGACCGAUGGAAAAAUUAGGAGCGAUGUUCAAGCGAACACCGAGCACGACUUCAGGCGAGAAAUCGUCAGAAGGACAUGGUGUUCCAGAGUCGAUCACUCCAAUGCAGUUGGCCAAGUACCAUCCCAAUCUUGCUGAAGAGAUGGCGUCUCUGCCUGCGCGACCAUUCAUGGGUCGCGCCGUGGUCGAAGAGCCAGCUAUUUCAUGGGGCGGGGAGACGGUGGCAGACCAAUCAUUCCUCUCACUUCGGUCCGGUGUGUCUGUGAGGGAGUCCAUGUCGCCCACUAUCGCGAUGGCCAAAUCUACCCCUCCUGCCACUUCUUCUGAGCCACAUCGUUGGGAAUCUGCGGAGGUGAUGCACUAUGACGAGACUUAUGAGGCCGAAGCAGAGGACGAGGAGUCCAAUAAUCCGUACACUGCUGCCAUUAUGAGGAAAAGGAGCACUAGCAAUCCUUUCUUCAAUGCGCAGGAAAAUAAAAAAUCAAUCAAUCCUUUCGCUGAUGCCUAUGCUGCAACCGUUCCACGCAACUUGGGAGAAUCAAAUACUGAAUCUACUAUCAGCGUUACUAGCAAUGAUCGUGCCAUGCAGUCUCUCAUCGCCGCAUUGCAGGUUUCUCCAGAAGAAGUGGAACAGCGUUUGCGUGUUGCCUCCAUGCAACCCUCAUUUUACUCGCGGACCUCUACUAUGAUGACCACCGAUGAGGAAGACAUCACAAGCAUGACGUCCUUCCCUCUUCCACCAACUCAGGUUCCUCGAGGUGGUGAAAUCUGAGGUCACUACGUGCUACUCGGCAGUGGAUUGAUACUUCUCGCGUCAUUCGGCAAUAAUUCCAGUCUCGUUUUUCGGCCGACACACCAUUCAUGUUUAGGUUUUCUACACUAUAUUUCUUCAAUUAGCAAGUCCUGCACACCCUUCAUCUUGUUACCCGUGAUAUACUUCGUUUUUCUUGUCUGUUGUCUACGAUCUGGAAUCGGCCCCCCUUUCUUUGUCAUCUUGACUUGCCAAACUGUUCUGUUAGCUGGAGUUUGAGCUUCUUUUCUUGCGGUAGGUAUGACAUUUCAAAUUGCAUCGACGUUGCAGGGGAAUCGUUGUAUUGGGCAUGUUACUGGUUUAUUUUCAUUGUCCCCUCACUGAAACUAUUGAAGAAGAGCAGAGUACUUGGCAUUGUUUGAUUCUUCUUAUUUAUAUCGCAAUGUUCCCUCCAUUUUUGGUGGUGCUUGGUUUACUCUCGCGUAUUGUAGCCUUUCAUCAUUCAUGCGAUGGAGGUAUGCUUGCUUGUAGUUAUACAGAACUUAUAUGAUACAUACAUACGUUGUUAAAAUACAGAGGGUUCAUUUGAGGUUUAUCACGACAUAGUCGACCUUUGCUUCUCCCUUGCCGCCGCCGAUAGCUUCAUUGCCAUAUACCUUCGAGUUGUUAAGUUUGAUUGAAGCAAGUGACGAAGGUGGCAGAAAUUUUUUAAAGCUUUGCGAAGCUUCUCAUAAGUAGCUGG